AUGAGUUCCUCCAAUCAAAUCACUCUCCUGCUGUGGAAGAACUGGACUCUCAGGAAGAGACAAAAGCUCCGCUUCCUGGUGGAACUUGUCUGGCCUCUCUCUCUCUUCCUUGUUUUGGUUUGGCUGCGGAAAUCAAAUCCUCUCUACCAACAACAUGAAUGCCAUUUUCCCAAUAAAGCGAUGCCCUCUGCGGGAAUGUUGCCAUGGUUACAGGGAAUUUUCUGUAACCUCAACAACCCCUGCUUCCAGUACCCUACCUACGGAGAAUCUCCUGGUCUGGUUUCAAACUACAGAAAUUCCAUACUUGCACGAAUAUAUACAGAUGCUCAGGAAAUGCUGUUUGAUAAACCUGAAAUUCAUAAACUGCGCAUAAUCUGGGAUGAUGUACGCUUUUUAUCUGACUUCAUGGAUAUACUCAGAACCAAUCCCAGGAGAGUUGCAGGGAAAGGUAUUCGAAUCAAAGAUAUUCUGAAGGAUGAUGAAAUACUUACCUCAUUUCUACUCAAGGAAAUUGAGCUCUCAGACUCUGUUGUUCAUCAGUUGAUCAAUGCCCAAGUGCGACCUGAGCAGUUUGCUUAUGGAAUUCCAGAUCUAUCCCUCAAAGAAAUAGCAUGUAGCCAGGCCCUCCUUGACCGCUUCAUCAUCUUCUCGAGUUGGCGAGGACUGCGCACUGUCCUGAACGGAAUGUGUGUCCUCUCUCAGCAACGGCUCCAGAGGGUAGAGGAUGCACUUUAUGCAAAUGUGGAUUUCUUUAAACUCUUUGAAGCACUUCCAAAAGUGCUAAACAAUCAUGCAGAUGGAAUAGACUUGCGUUUUUGGAUAAGAAUUUUAAAUGAUGCAUCAUCAGUCCUAGAAGAGUUCACUGCACAGGAUAGCGUUCGGGAUCUUCUUCAGGUGGUUUACCCAUUGUUUACUGAGGGCGGUCCAGCUUCAUUCAGUCAGCUGACGGACCUGUUGUCAAAUCUAAUCUGUGGGUAUCCCGAGAAAGGAGGCUCCAGGGUUUUCUCGUUUAACUGGUAUGAAGAUAACAAUUACAAGGCUUUCCUGGGAAUUAAUAACACAAAGAAAGAGACUAAGUAUGCGUACGAUUAUGCGACAACUCCAUUCUGUAAUGCACUUAAUCAAAACAUGGAGUCCAACCCUGCAACCAAGAUAGUCUGGAGUGUGCUGAAGCCGCUAUUAAUGGGGAAGGUUCUGUUUUCUCCAGAUUCUCCCGCAACACGACAGCUGAUGAAAAAUGCUAAUGUCACUUUUGAGGAACUGCACAGACUUAAGCAGAUCGGAAAGAUCUGGGAGGAAGUGAAGUCUCAGCUUUGGAACUUCUUCCAAAACAGUGUCCAAAUGAACAUAAUACGAGAUUCAAUAAAAAACCCCACAGUGUCAUAUUUCAUAAACAAGCAACUGGAAGACAUGGACUUGACAGCCAAUGACAUCAUAAACUUCCUAAACAACAGACCAUUCAGUGAUAGUGAAGACGGAGUGCCAAACUUCUCCUGGCAGAAUAUUUAUAAUGUAACCGAUCAGAUCCUCACCACAUUCAAUGACUAUAUGGAGUGUUUAAACCUGGAUAAAUUUGAAGGUCAUUCUGAUGAAGGGCAGCUCACACACAGAGCACUUUAUCUUCUGGAAGAAAACAAGUUUUGGGCUGGGAUUGUGUUUCCAGACUUGCAUCCGUGGUCAAACAAGCUUCCAACUCAUGUCAAGUAUAAAAUCCGAAUGGACAUUGAUGCAGUAGAGCGAACAAAUAAAAUAAAAGACAGGUACUGGGACCCAGGACCCAGAGCCGAUCCAAUAGAGGAUUUGCGCUAUAUCUGGGGAGGUUUUGCUUACUUACAAGACAUGAUUGAACAUGGAAUUAUCAGGACUCAUACCAACACAGAGGUCCCAUCUGGGAUCUAUGUCCAGCAAAUGCCAUAUCCCUGUUUUGUUGAUGACAUCUUCAUGCUAGCACUGACUCGCUGCUUCCCAAUGUUCACGGUGCUCUCCUGGAUCUACUCUGUCUCCAUGACUGUGAAGAGUAUUGUUCUUGAAAAGGAGAUGAGGCUGAAGGAGACCCUGAAAAUCAUGGGAGUCACUAACUGGGUGCAUUGGGUCACAUGGUUCAUCGACAGCUUCUUCAUGAUGGCAGCCAGUACAGUGCUGGUGACCGUGGUGAUCAUGAGAGGAAAUGUGCUCCACUAUAGCAACCCUUUCCUCCUCUUUGUCUUCCUCCUGGUCUUUACCAUAGCCACCAUUAUGCAGUGUUUCCUGCUGAGUGUGUUCUUCUCCAAGGCUAACGUGGCAGCUGCUUGCAGUGGGAUCAUUUACUUCACCCUCUAUCUGCCUCACAUUCUCUGCUAUGCUUGGCAGGACAGGAUGACCAGAAAUAUGAAGCUGGCAAUGAGCCUAUUGUCUCCAGUGGCCUUCGGCUUUGGGUCUGAGUACCUCUCUCGAUACGAGGAACAGGGCCUUGGUCUACAGUGGGGCAAUAUCCGUGACAGCCCUGUUGAAGGAGAUGAGUAUAGUCUGCUGCUCUCCAUCGAGAUGAUGCUGUUUGAUGCUUUUCUGUACGGAAUUCUUGCCUGGUACCUUGAUGCUGUGUUUCCAGGUCAGUAUGGAGUACCAGCCCCCUGGUAUUUUCCACUCCAGUUUUCUUACUGGUUUGGUGCUGAUAAACCACAAGCCGCCACAGAGGACAAAAAGGAAAUCAAAGAGGCUGUAAAAGAAGAGGAUGUAAAGGAAGAGAAAGUGGAGCAAUCUGGAGAGGCAAAGGAAGAGAAACCAAAAGAGAAUUCAGCAGAGCAACCAAAGGAAGCGUCAGACAAACCGGGAGAUGAUGACAAACUGAAAGAUGGCAAGAAAAUCUGCAAACUAAAGGAGAAAGAGGUGAAGGAGAAGCUUGAGAAGGAAAGGCAGGAGAAGGAGAGACUCGAGAAGGAAAAGCAGGAGAAGGAGAGGCAGGAGAAGGAGAGACUCGAGAAGGAGAAGCAGGAAAAGGAGAGGCAGGAGAAGGAGAGACUCGAGAAGGAGAAGGAAAAAAUCAACCCCGUGACAGCAGCAAUGGCAGGAAACCCGCUCUAUGAGUUGGAGCCUUCUAGUCUGACUCUGGGAGUGUCCAUUCAGAACCUUGUGAAGACUUUUGGAGAGGGGCAGAAGCCAGCUGUGGACGGGCUGAGCAUUAACUUCUUUGAAGGGCAGAUCACUUCCUUUCUGGGUCACAACGGAGCUGGAAAAACCACCACAAUGUCAAUGCUGAUUGGUUUGUUUCCACCCACAUCUGGUACUGCGUUCAUCAAUGGCAAGGACAUCCGCACAGAAAUUGAAGCAAUUCGACAGAACAUCGGCAUAUGCCCCCAGCACAAUAUUUUGUUCAAUAAUCUAACUGUGGCAGAACACAUUUUAUUUUACACUCAACUCAAAGGCCAUGAAGUUGAAGAGGCAGAAAAACAGACAGAAGUAAUGCUGGAUGAAAUUGGAUUAAUUCACAAAAGAGAUGAGUUGGCUCAGAAUUUAUCAGGUGGAAUGCAGAGGAAAUUAUCAGUCGCCUUAGCAUUCAUUGGAGGAGCUAAAGUGAUCAUUUUGGAUGAACCAACGUCUGGAGUAGAUCCAUAUUCCAGGCGAUCCAUCUGGGAUCUCCUUCUUAAAUAUCGUUCAGGAAGAACCAUCAUCCUCUCCACACAUCACAUGGAUGAAGCAGACCUUCUUGGUGACAGGAUCGCAAUCAUUUCCCGGGGAAAACUGCAGUGCUGUGGCUCCUCCUUAUUUCUGAAGAACAGCUUUGGCUCUGGGUUCUAUCUCACCUUAGUCCGCAGGAUGAAGAAAGCAAAGCAAAGGAAACAAGAUGCAGCGCCGACCUGCACCUGUCCACCAGGCUGCUCCUGUUCCUGUUCCAACUGCUUCCCCAUUGAUGAGACCCUUCCAGAAGAAGAACUGGAUGGUGAUGUAAACACAUUAACAAAGCUCAUUCAGCACCAUGUCCCUGAGGCCGAGCUGAUAGAGAAUGUUGGUCAAGAGCUAUACUACCUGCUGCCUAGUAAAGACAUCAAGCACCGGGCUUACGCCAGCCUGUUCCGAGAAAUUGAAGAGACGCUGCAAGAUUUAGGCCUCAGCAGCUUUGGUGUGUCUGAUACCUCGCUGGAGGAGAUAUUCCUAAAGGCUACUGAAGAUUCUGCUCUCAAAUCAGGCCGUCUGAUCCCAAGAAAGUCAGAAGCGGGCCUUGGAGUGGAACAGAAGGCAACAGUUGUCGAUAUUGAAGCAAAGGAUGCAGCCAAAGAGAGCUCCAGGAACAGCCAAGCUGCGGAGAACACACAAAACAUUACAAGGAAAACAUCUGCUUCUGAGGUGAAGCCAAACGGACAGCCGGCAGUGGAGAGCUUGGAUCCGGCCGCUGCUGAGGUGCCAUCCAACCCCACCGACCACCAGCCAGUGCCGGGGAGUGAUGGCAAGGGCUCCAGGCAAAUCAAAGGCACAGGUCUUCUAAAGCAGCAGUUCAAAGCAUUGUUCAUCAAAAGAUUCAACCAUGCUACCCGUAGUCAGAAGGAUUUCCUGGCACAGUUUCUCCUCCCUGCGAACUUUGUGCUAUUGGCUCUUUUCUUCUCACUUAUAAUCCCUCCAUUUGGAGAGUAUAAAAGUUUAACAAUCCACCCAUGGAUGUACGGUAAACAAUACACCUUCUUCAGCAAUGAACGCCCAUCUGAUAAGAAGCUGAGCCAUAUGACAGAGGUACUGGUGAACAAGCCUGGAUUUGGGACCCGGUGUAUGAAGGGUAGCCCCAUCGAGGGCUACCCCUGCAGUAACCGCUCCACUGACUGGGAAAUCCCGCGACCUGACCUCACGGUUGCCAACCUGCUGAAAUCCCCAUUCUAUACCAACAACAACCCUUCCCCGCCAUGCCAAUGCAGCACAAGAAGCCGGCUCAUUAUGCUCCCCGACUGCCCUCCAGCGGCUGGUGGCCUUCCUCCACCACAGAGGGUUCAGGGCUCGACGGACAUCCUGCAGAAUCUCACCCAAAGGAACAUUACGGAUUUCCUGGUUAAAACGUACCCCAAACUGAUAAAGAGCAGCAUGCAGAGCAAGUACUGGGUGAAUGAACGCAGGUACGGCGGGAUUUCUAUCGGAGGAAAACUUCCAGGCCUACCCCUCAACCAUAAACAGAUAAAGAGCUUUUUCACUCAGUUGGGCCGCAUGCUGAAUAUCACUGGGGGUAAUAAUGCACAGAUGGUGUUUAGCGAUCUGAAUGAUUUCCUUAAGUAUUUGGAGACUGAAGAAAAUAUUAAGGUGUGGUUCAAUAACAAAGGCUGGCACGCCAUGGUUGCCUUCACGAACGUGGCCAACAAUGCAAUUCUUCGGGCAAACCUUCCCAAGCAGCAUCACACAGAGGACUAUGGCAUUACCAUCAUUAAUCAUCCGCUCAACCUCACAAAGGAGCAACUUUCAGAAGUUACUGUCCUUACUACUUCAGUGGAUGCAGUGAUUGCGAUCAGUGUGGUCUUCGCCAUGUCAUUUGUCCCAGCCAGCUUUGUGAUCUACCUGAUACAGGAGAGGGUUUCGAAUGCUAAGCACCUGCAGUUUGUCAGUGGAAUGAGCUCAACCACCUACUGGGUGUCCAACUUUCUUUGGGAUAUGUGUAACUAUUCAGUGACCACAGUAAUGGUGGUCUUGAUCUUCAUCGGCUUCAAGAAGAAAGCAUACACCUCUUCACAAAACCUGCCUGCAUUUGUAGCUCUGUUACUGCUCUAUGGGUGGGCUGUGACCCCCAUGAUGUACCCAGCAUCGUUUGUGUUCAGUGUUCCCAGCACUGCCUAUGUGGCUCUGUCCUGCAUCAAUCUCUUCAUUGGCAUCAACGGCAGUGCUGUUACCUUUGUUCUCGACUUGUUUGAAAAUAGCAGGUUUCUACAGAUGUUCAAUUCAAUGUUAAAAAAUGUUCUGAUAGUAUUUCCACAUUUCUGCUUGGGACGAGGUCUGAUUGACAUGGCCAUGAAUCAGGCAGUGACCGAAGUAUACGCAAGGUUUGGUGAAGAUUUUUAUUUUAACCCAUUCCAUUGGGAGUUCAUCGGCAAGAACCUAACAGCCCUGGCAAUCGAGGGCGUUGCGUACUUCGCUCUGAACCUCCUCUUCCAACACCGCUUCUUCCUCAGCCACAUGCCAACAACUUUCAGCAACUUGCCUGCCAUUGAAGAAGAUGAUGAUGUGACAAAGGAGCGUGAAAGAAUUCAGGGUAAAAGCAAGCACGACAUUCUGAAAAUAAAGGAACUUACCAAGUAUUACGCAGGGAAAACCCAGCCUGCCGUUGAUAGGAUCAGCGUAGGUGUUCGUCCUGGAGAGUGCUUUGGGCUUCUGGGUGUCAAUGGUGCUGGAAAAACAACUACCUUCAAAGUACUGACUGGUGACAUACAUCCCACAUCUGGUGAAGCUUCAAUAGCAGGCUACAGUAUUCUCACACACAUUGAAGAUGUUCACCAGAACAUGGGAUACUGCCCUCAGUUUGAUGCAGUCGAUGACCUCCUCACAGGCCGCGAACACCUCCUGCUCUACGCACGCCUGCGCGGAGUUCCAGAAGAUGAGAUCGAGCAGGUGGCCAACUGGGCAAUUGAGAAACUGGACCUCACGGAGUACGCCGAUCAGACAGCUGGCACGUACAGCGGAGGCAACAAGCGCAAACUCUCCACAGCCAUCGCCCUCAUCGGCUGCCCUCCGGUGGUGCUGCUGGAUGAACCAACUACUGGGAUGGAUCCAAAGACUCGGCGAUUCCUCUGGAACUGUCUCCUUGGUGUUAUCCGAGAAGGAAGAGCUGUGGUGUUGACCUCACACAGCAUGGAAGAAUGUGAAGCUCUCUGCACGCGAUUGGCUAUCAUGGUGAAUGGCCAGUUCAAGUGUCUUGGCACCAUACAGCACCUGAAGUAUAAGUUUGGAGACGGCUACGUGGUGACUCUGAAGAUUAAAGGUAGUCAGCCUGGAGUUUCACCCGACCUGAAUGCAGCGGAAACAUUUAUCAAGAGCAACUUCCCCGACAGUCUGCAAAUAGAGAAGCAUCACAGCACCAUCCAGUACCAGCUAUCUUCGUCAUCGUUAGCCAAAAUCUUCCAGUUACUCAUCUCCAACAAGGAGCAGCUGAGAAUAGAUGAAUAUUCAGUCUCUCAAACAACUUUAGACCAGGUAUUUGUGAACUUUGCCAAACAGCAAACAGCUGAAGAUGAAAAUCUCACUCUCCAUCCCCGUGCUGCUGGGGCACGGUGGGAGGUGAAAGUAACGCCAGCUCCGGUGGAAUCCACUCCCAACUCUACUGUCAACGAGUCGAACAAGGAGAAAUCUUGAGGAAGUGCCAACAAAGCCACAGUGAUCAGAUUGCACCGUGUGGACUGAAUCGCAAAGGUUCUGACUCUGACAUCUCUCCUCUGGUGGUUUCAAAAAGAGAGACCCCACAUGUGAUAACUCUAUAUUAUCAAUGUGGCUGCAACUAACAGGAGUUGCAAAACUUGGAAGCCAGGUUUUGUGACUUGCUGGAUAGUGAGCUGCUAAUCUCAACAUCAUGUACGUCUAACUCUAAAGGAAGGUCUAUCUGUGACUGAGUACAAUAGCUAUAAUUUGCACAGGGCUGUCACCGUUUUUCACAGUCAUAACGUAGAUGCCUGUGCAUUGCUCCCAGCAGGCAAAAUGCAGGAACAUAGUAAUUAAACCUUUACAUAUUAAAAGUCUGUUAACAACAUUCCAUGUUAUUCAACAUUGUUAAAAGUGGGUGUUUCUGUACCCAUUUGAUAUCUAAUACUUCAAAAUAGACCUUGAUGGUGUGCAAUAACACACAUUGUCAGACUGGACCUAAAUAAAAGAUAACUAGUGGGAGGGAGUUAGAUUUCCUCUGCACACUACAUUGUGAACCCUCCCAAAAUGCAUAAAACCACAGAUGCUGGAAAACUGAAACCCAGACAGAAAAUGUUGGAGAUAUUCAGCAGGUCAGGCAGCAUCUAAAAUGCUAACACUGUUUCUGUCUCAAUAGAUGUUACCUGUCCUGCAGAGUAUUUACAACAUUUUCUGUUUUCGUUUAUAAUCCUUUAACUGGCUGCCAUUUCCUUUGUUGCAACACAUUUAAAGUACUUCAUUAGUUGUAAAAAGGGGCAUAAAAGGCACUAUACAAAUGCAAGUCUGUUUCUUUUAUAUUAAAAAAUAGGUUUAUGACUUUGCUGCAGCCAUGCUAGAUGAAUUCUUCCUCUACAGUUCUGCCUUGAUAGGAUUCUCAGUACUAAAGCUUGUUCCCAUAAUUUGUGGUGCCACAAUUGACAUGUAUAUGGGAGUGUUUGUACUCCAGAUCCUGCACUGUUAGACCCUGACUGACAAUGGCCCAACAUUAGUCCCAUAAACCUGUGGCACCAAGAGAAUUUUCAAAGAUCAUACUAUCUAAUAAAAAGUGAUUUAAGUUCUAUUUUAGGUCUUUAGUGGUAACCAUUAGAAUGAGUCAAAAAAUAAUAGAUUUGAUGCCAUAAGAUUACAAAUAAAAUUCCAACUUCAACCACACUGGUGAUUACCCGACAUUGUCAAUUAUAAUUAGCUAACAGGAAUAGGACCAAGGAUCUCUGCUCCUGACCCAGAAAUAUCCCUCUACCACAUACAAACAUUUGUCCCACCAUUCCCCCACCACCACACACAUAGACAGAAACAGUCACACGGACGCAGAGAAACAGAGACACACAGAAACAGACACACAGUCAUUUAUGGACAAAUGCAGCAAAACUCACACAGACACGGACAGAGGGAAAAACACAAACACAGAAGCAGACAUGCAUGGUAGCAGACACACAUACUACAGAGACAGGCGCGCG